AAGAUGUGGAGAGGGCCUGGGAGCUGGUCCAGAACACAAACAGCUUCACCUGGCGAGGCACCAACACGGGGGCAGCGUUGGGCCAGGUUCUGUCCCUGAUCCAGACGGAGCCGUCCAGAACCAGCACCAGGAAACACGUCGUGGUGCUGAUCACAAGUGGGAGACACAAUGUGGGGCCGGACCCAGCCGGGGUCUCAGCACAAAUCCAGGCGGCCAUCCCCAACCCGGACCAGAACUUGGAUAUCUUCGCUCUGGGGGUCGGGGUUGCCCACAAGGACCAGAUGGAGCAAAUCGCCACGAAGAAGCCGGGAACCCAAAGAUCCUUCUACCUGCAGAGCUACCGUGACCUGGGGGCCUACACCCAGCUGGUGCAGGGCUUGGGCAAAGGUCUCAGCUGUGGGGUGCGGGACGUGGGGCGCAGCCGGUCCAUCGGGCGGGUUUUCCGUGGGGUGCAGGUGAAGAAGCAGUGGCCCUGGCAGGUGUAUCUGAAGUUGGAAGGCAAGAAUCAGCCCUAUAUUAUGGCAGGGGGCUCAAUCAUAGCCCCCUCCUGGAUCCUGACCGCGGCUCACAACGUCUGGGACGCAGCGGCCGGGCGAUCCAUGGCCCCCGAGCAAGUGUCUGUGGUUGUAGGUGAGACUGGCACGAGGGGGC